UAGAGAAACAAAAUUCGAGAGAGCCUCCACUCGCAGCCGCCAUUGCCGCCUUGCGAAGCCCUCUGUUCGUCUCUCUUUCUGCAUACUCGCUAAGGCAUAUAACACAGUACAGAAAACUUGGAAACUCCACAAGCAAAGAUGCCGCGCACCACCACGGUGGAAGGCCCUGGUUGCCCGCCAAUUCGAGCCCUAACGUUCGACGUCCUCGGCCUCGUCAAGGUGAUCGAAGCUCGUGGUAAGCAAGGCGGAGUCCCUAAGGUGGUCGAGAGAUGGGGCGAGCCGGACGCUUCCAGAUGCGUGCUCGCCGCUUCGAUCAACGACCGUAAAUCUGACCCACUUUUGGCUGUUGCUAGGAAAAGUGGUUUGGUUGAGGUGCUUAGCCCUCUUGAUGGGAAACUUCAUUUUUCCAUUACCAAUGUUAGUGGUGCGGAUAUACAAACUGAAGAUGAUGCCAUUGUUGUUGGGCUGCAUCUGUUCAGAAAACAGAUAUUGGAGUCAUCUGCUAGGUCAUGUACCUUACUUACAUGCACAGCCAAGGGACACGCAAGCAUCAGGUCUGUUGAAGCUCCAGAAUCACCACAAGAUUCAAUUUCUAGUUAUCUGACAACAUGGAAUGUAUGUAGUUCUGGCAAUAUUUCAUGUUCAAAGGUGGAUGGAAAUGAGAACUAUGCUUUAUUUGGAGGGAAGGGAGUUGAAAUUAAUGUGUGGAAUCUUGACACACGCUCUAAAAUCUGGAAUGCAAAAUCUCCUGCUAAGAAUAGUCUUGGAAUAUUCACCCCAACAUGGUUUACAUCUGCUACAUUUUUAAAUAAGGAUGAUCAUCGCAAAAUUGUGGCUGGUACCAACAGCCAUCAGGUGCGCUUCUAUGAUAUUUCUGCUCAGCGGAGACCAGUUAUAUCAUUUGAUUUUAGGGAGUCUUCAAUCAAAGCAGUCAGUGAAGACCUAGAUGGUAAUACCAUAUAUAUAGGGAAUGGUUCUGGUGACCUUGCUUCUGUUGACAUUCGCACAGGGAAAGUAUUAGGAUGCUUUCUGGGAAAAUGUUCUGGAAGUAUAAGGUCCAUAGCCAGGCAUCCAGAGUUCCCAGUGUUAGCCUCAUGUGGAUUGGAUAGCUAUUUGCGCUUCUGGGAUGUUAAGUCACGGCAGCUUCUUUCCGCGGUGUUCUUGAAGCAGCAUCUAUCGAAUGUUGUUUUUGAUUCCAAUUUUAGUGAUGGAGAAGUAGCUGGAUCCACAGAAGAUCUGACUUCAGAUAAUGCAGCAGCCGUUAAUGAUAUACUUGAUGAAGACGGGGAAGAGCCACGGCCCGUCAAACGUAAGAAGGGUUCUAAAGAACACUCUGUAAGCAAGAAGCUAAAGCUAAAAUCCAAGAAAAGAAGCAAAAAGCUAGAAAGCAAGGAUGUUGAUGUUUCUUGAUGUUGGCAGUCCAGCUGAAUUUGUUUUGCUCAUAGUUGGAAAGAAACAACACCCAAGUCCCGAUAAAAUUUAAACCAUGAGAUGCAUACCAGCUGCGGCGACCAGUGAUUUACAUAAUAUGCCAGCUGCUAUGGCUUUACGCCGUUUGUUUUAUCAAAUAGCAAAUUUGGGACAGAUUUUUUGGUCUAUAUUUUUUGCUUAGAUAUUACGCAAGGAUUUGUUGUCAAAAAUGCGAUGAAUGAAAUUAGGCUAGUUAGCUCAAGGUUCCA